AUGGGCCGUAUAAAUGUUAUUCUAUGGCUUCAAUUUCUUUUUUUUAAUACUUUUACAACCAUAUUAGCUUAUCAGUCAUCCGACUUUUUUCCAUUCUAUUCUGAAAAUGAUACAAAUACAUUUGUUGACAAUGAUGAUGGUCUACUUAUUUAUAAUCAACAUGAAGAACUUGACAAUGAUGUUCCUCUUAAUCAUUCUAUUCAUCGUCGACAAAUUCCAUUGAAUAUUGUCACAUCACAACAGGCACGAUUGCCAAUAGUACCAUCAUAUAUUGUUCUCGGUCCACGUAUUAUUCGACCUGCACAAUUAGUUUCAUUAAGUGUAGUUGUUUUACGUGAUGAAUGGAAUCCAAUGAUGGUAAAAGCUUUAAUAUCAAAUGAUGAUAUGGAUGUUGCUGCAGCUGAAGAUUUAUUUAUAAUUGGUAUACCACGUACAUUAGUAAUGCGUAUACCAAAUAAUGUUCGUAGUGGUACAUAUCGUUUAACACUUGAAGGAAAAUUAUUAACAGGUGAACAAAAAUUUUUUAAUGUUUCACAAUUAAUAUUUGAACAAAAAGCUGUAACUAUACUCAUUCAACUUGAUCGACCUGUUUAUCGUCAUGAAACAGUUGUACAAUUUCGUUGUAUACCUAUUUAUCCUGAUCUAAGUGGUUAUUUUCAUACAGUUGAUGUUUAUAUAAUUGGUCCAUCUGGACAUAUUUUACGUAAAUGGGAAAAUCAGCAAACAACCGCUGGCAUGGUUUCACUUGAAUAUCCAAUUAAUGAUGCACCACCAGAAGGUAUUUGGUCAAUAAAAUGUCGUGUUAUGGGCUAUGAAGCAAUAAAAACAUUUGAACUUUAUGAAUUUUAUGCCAGAAAAUUUGAAGUUAAUGUUACUGUUCCAUAUUAUUUACCAAUAGAUACACCUGGUAUUGGUGGUAUUGUUACAGCAAAUUAUUCUACAGGUAUGGGUGUACUUGGUUAUGCACGAGUUGUUGUUCGUGCACGUGAUAUGUCUGUUCCAUAUGAUCCACGAGCUAAUCCAUUAAAAGAUGUUGAAUUUGAUCAUUCAACACCAUCAUUUAUAACAACAAUUGAUGAUUUUAAUGGUGUUGCUGGUUUUUUUAUUCCAAUAGCAACUAUCCUUAAAUUUGUACCUGAAUUAGAUGGAAAAGAAAUUUUAAUAACAGCACUUGUUCAUGAUCCAUGGUGGAAUGAAACAAAUAAUGGUACAACUGUUGUUUCAUUUUAUAAACCUGGUGUACGCCUUCGUUUUCUUGGUGGUCCAUCAAUGGUAUUUAAACCUCGUAUGUUAUUUACGACAUAUGUUGCUGCUACUAAUUUUGAUGGUACAAAAUUUCCACCUGGUCCUAAUCGAUUUAUUCGUAUAUAUACAGAUACUGAUCUUGGUCAAUCAGAACCACCAGCUGAUUAUAUGCUUGAUUCAACAGGUAUAGUUCGACAUCAAUUUUUGGCAUCCGGUGAUCCUGGUAUUGGAUUUAUACGUCUUCGGGCUGAACUAUAUGAUAAUAAUAUAAAACUUCAAAAUAGUGAUGAUGAACAACGUGCUAUACGUUAUUUAUCACCAUCAAAUAGUUAUUUACAAGUAACAUCAAGUACUGAAACACCACGUGUUGGUGAUUUUAUGUUAUUUCGUGUUAAUAUAACACAAUAUGUUGAUUUUGUUUAUUAUCAUAUAACAUCAGGUGGAAGAUUAAUUUUUACAAAUAUGCUUCCAAUGGAUGGUGCUAAACAAAAAACAUUUGAUGUUGGUGUUAGUCGUGAAAUGGCACCAUCAGCACAUAUACUUGUUUAUUAUAUACGUUAUGAUGGUGAAAUAGUUGCUGAUAGUAUGAAUUUUCAUGUAAAUACAUCAUCAGUUACAAAUCAUGUUAAUAUAACAAUAAAUCGACGAAAAGAUUUUACGGGUAAUACAAUUGAAGUAUUAGCAUAUGCAUCACCACAAUCAUUUGUUGCAUUUGCUGGUCUUGGUCUUGUACAAACACGUUUAUUUCCACCAGGAAAUCAUUUUAGUCCAGUUAUGAUUUAUGAUGAAUUAUAUUCAUUUGAUCGUUAUGCAUCAACAAGUUUUCAACAUACAUGGUAUUCGGAAAUGAAUAUACCAUCAAGUAGAGUUUUUUUUCCAUCACAAUCGUAUGGUUAUGAUGCUGGUUCAACAUUUAAUUCAUCUGGUAUGCAACUAUUUACUAAUGUUAAUGUUCAAGCUAUAGAAACGACAUGUAGUCAAGUGGGUGCAAUGCAAUGUACAGAUGGUAUGUGUUAUCCAGCAGUAUUAAAAUGUAAUGGUGUUCUCGAUUGUCGUGAUGGUUCCGACGAAGCUAAUUGUAAUGUAACAAAUACAAAUCAAUAUGAUUUUACACCAUUAUAUCGUCGUUUAUGGCCAUAUUGGGAACGUGCAUUACAACUUGAUUUUAUGUGGCAUCAACAAUUUGCUUAUCCAGAUGGUCGUGUACAAUUUCGUGCAACAGUACCAAAUGUAAUUGCAACAUGGGUUAUAACAGCUGUUGCUAUAAGUCGUUUAACAGGUUUUGGUGUUCUUGAUGUGCCAUGUAUAUAUGAAGGUACUCGACAAUUUUUUAUUAAAGUUGAAAUUCCACCUAUUGUUCGACUUGGUGAACAAAUCGGUGCACGUGUCGAUGUUUUUAAUUUUCAAACAUAUCGUAUUGAAGCAUUAAUUAUUUUACAUGCAUCGGAUAAUUAUCGUUUUGUUAAUGUUGAUGAGAAUGGUGUUGUUACAUCUUAUGCACCAAGGUUAACUGAUGGACAACAUCAUGUUCUACUUAUUUUAUAUCCAAAUGAAGUACGAAGAAUAUAUCUUCCAUUUGUACCAAUUGUUGCUGGUGAAAUAGAAGUAAUGAUUGAAGGUAUAACUGGUGUUUCACGUGAUUUUUAUCGUGAAAUAAUUAAAGUUAAUUAUGAAGGUGUACGUAAUUUUUAUCAUACACCAACUGUAUUAUCAUUAAAUAAUUUACCUCGACAAAUGAAUGAAUAUGAUGUAACUGUACCUCAACGUUUUAUAGUACCAUUAGAAAAUUAUUGGAGUUAUGUACCUGGUUCAGCAACAUGUGAAAUAUUUAUUUCCGGUGAUGUAGCUGGUCCAUUUUUCUUAUUAGGUUAUGAUGAAUGGUUAAAUACAGAUAAUUUAAUUCAACGUACAACUGCACCAGCUGAUUCUGGAAUAUUUGAUUUUGGUAUGAUGAUUUAUAAUCUUCGCUAUAUGUUACAAGGUCAUGGUGGUCGAGCAUUUGAUCAAGAAAAACUUAUGAAAGUUUUAACAUUUGCUAAUAUGGAAUAUCUUCGUUUUAUGGCUAUGUAUCUAGGUGAAAAUCCAGAUGAACCAUGGCGUAAAGGUUCAUUUAGUCAAUUUGGUUUUACAAAUGAAUCAUCUGUUUGGUUAACAUCAUGGGCAUUAAUGACAUUACGUGAUGCUAUUUAUCCUGAAUGGGAAGAAAAAGCUUUAUAUAUUGAUCCAAAUCUUCGUUCAGAUAUUGCUUAUUUUCUUAUACAUGUUCAACAACGAAAUGGUUCAUGGACUGAAUUAACAACACAUAUAGAUCGAAAUAAAUUUGGUGUACGUUAUACAAAUAUCAGUGGUACAUAUCAACAAUUAAAUUUAGCAUUAACAGCACAAGUUGUUAUUGCAUUACAAUUAAAUCUUGAUAUACGUGGUAUAUCAGCGAAAACUUUAACAGGUGCUAUUAAUAGUGGAAAAAUGUGGUUAGAAAAAUAUUUUCGUUUAAUUAAUGAUGCAUUUGAUAUGGCUAUUGUUACAUAUGCAUUACAUUUAACAAAUAGUGCUGAACAAGAUGCAGCUUUUGCAAAGUUAAAUGAAUAUAAACGAACAAAUGAAAAUGGAAUUUAUUAUUCAAAUAUGAAUUUACCAGGAAUGACAAAAACAUGGCCAAAUGUUAAUCCACGAUAUGGUCCGAAACCUGUACAAACAGAUUAUGAAGCACAUGCUGUUUCUGCUACAGCAUUUGUUGUUAUGACUUAUACACAAAAAGCUCGUGUUAGACAAGCUGAACAAGCUGUAUUAUGGCUUCAAUCAAUGCGUAAUUUUAUUGGUGGUUGGUCUUCAACAUAUGAUUCUUGUAUAGCUCAACGUGCAAUUGUUGGUUAUGCUGUAUUACGUGGCUUUGAAAUUACUGAUUAUAAAAUUCGUAUAGAUUUAACAUCAUCAUCAUCACUUGAUCAUAUUCAUGCUCCAAUUGUUAUUCUUGAUGAAAAUUUAAUUGAAGCACAAGUUCGAGAUGUUGAAAAUGUUUUUGGUGUAGUUUAUCUUGAUGGUUUUGGUAAAGGUUAUGCACUUAUUCAAAUGCAUGUUGGUGUUAAUGUUGAAUUUGAUGAAAAAGUUCGUCGUCCACAAUAUGUUCCAUUUUCAAUUGAUGUUCAACCAAUGUUAUCUGGUCGUAACUUUUCAACAAUUGAUUAUAAUGUUUGUCUUGGUUGGCGUCCAGAAAAUGUUAAUGUACUUAAAUCAUCACGUAGUGGUUCAGUUAUGAUUGAAAUACAAAUUCCAACAGGUUAUCGUGUUGAAGAAAGAGAUUUAAAAGUAAUGAUACGUAGUUUUCAUACACGUAAUUUACGUGAAGCAGAAAAUUGGCCUGGACAAAUUAAUUUUGGUUUUGAUUAUGUUGAUUUUGAUCCAAUAUGUUUUGAAUUUCAAGCUAAACGUUGGAUACCUGUUGCUAAUAUAUCACGUUAUUAUGAAGUACGAGCUUAUGAAUGGUUUGAACCUGGAAAUAUGAAUCGAAGUAUAUAUACAUUAAGAAAUUUAUUUUCGUUAGAUAUAUGUGAAGAUCGAAUUGAACAAUUUGAUCCUCGUCAUCGAACUCCAAUACAAUUAGCUGUAUGUUUGGGUAGUAUCGAAGCAGUUCGAUUAUUAGCACAGAAUGAUGCUGAUUGUAAUGUUGUUUCAAAAGAUGGAUGGAAUUUAUUACAAGAAGCUAUAGCAAAUGGUAAUCCAUCAUUAGUUAAACUUAUUAUGAAAUAUCGAAAUUAUCAAAGAAAUGUUCAACGUAUUCGUGGUAUUCCAGAAUUAUUACGAAAAUUAAAAGAGUCGCCAGAUUUUUAUGUUGAAAUGAAAUGGGAAUUUUCUAGUUGGGUUCCUCUAGUUUCAAAACUUUGUCCAAAUGAUACUUAUAAAAUUUAUAAAAGUGGGCCAAAUGUUCGUGUUGAUACGACAUUACUCGGUAUUGAAGGUACAAAUUGGCAACGAGGCAAUCGAACAUUUAUUUUUUCAUUAUUAGCUGAUUAUGCGAAAAUGAUUGAUAUUGAUCAUGAAACAAAAUCAGUCUAUAGUGAAAAUUUAAGUAUACCUGGUGAAGAAGCUAUUCUUCUUGAACCAAAUAUGGAUCAAAUCGAGAGUAAACUUAUGUCACCAAAUUUAACUGUCUAUCUUGAUGUAGAUAAAAUUGAAUUUGAACGAAGUAAAUCAGGUGUAUGGGGAAUGCGUAAUGAAAAAACAGAAAAUAUUAAUGGUUAUCAAUGUAAAGUUUAUACAGCUAAUAAUUUUGAACUUGUGACACGUACUCGUAUUGAACAUAUGUCACCAGAUGAUCGAAAAGCUUACGAAGCUGGACAUUCAUCAAAUAGAAAUUUUCUUGGUGGAGUUUUUAAUUUUCUUGAAUCAUCAGCAUCAUCAUCGAAAGCAACAGCAUCUGCCAAUCCAUCAACAUCUAAACCAUCAAAUGAUUCAUCAAAAUAUUCCAAUCCAUCACCAGUAACACUUGAAGAAUAUUUUAACAAUCGAGUUGAUCUUAGAAAUCGAGAUAUUGGUCGACCACGUGAAGAAAAUGUUAAAAUUCAAACAUUUAAUGCUCAAAUAUCUUUGUGUGAUGAAUAUCCACUUAGUCUUCAAGAACAAAUACUACCCAUUAUUGAUUUAAUGGCAAUUAGUAAUUCACAUUUUAAAAAACUACGCGAUUUUGUUACACUUCAAAUACCAAAUGGAUUUCCUGUUAAAAUUCAGAUUCCACUUUAUCAUGUUCUUACAGCUAAAGUAACAUUUGGAAAUAUUCAUGGUAUUGAUAGAGCUAUUGAAGGUGUCUCAACAAUAAAAGAAGAUUCAAUUUCAUUUUGUGCUGUCGAUGAAAAUAUCUUUGCUAUACCAGCAGGAUAUCGUCGUCAAGGCGAAGGUGAAGGUUAUCAUCCAAUGAUGUAUAUGGAUGAUGAUGCUCUAUUACAAAUGGCUAUUGAAAGAAGUCUUCUUGAUUCCAAUGAACCUAAUCCAACUAAUGAUGGACAAAAUUCAUCAGAUCAAGUUACAUUAUAUGAAGCUUUAGGUCAUCCGGGAGCACAUGGAAAUCGACCGGAUAUUAGUAAUCGAUAUGUAGAUUAUGAUUUACAACGAGCUUUGGAAGCAAGUUUAUUGACAUCAGGUUUAAGCGAAACAGAAAUGAUUGAAAUUAGAAAACAAAAUCAAGAACAAUUAGGAGGUAACAGUUCACCACAAGAUAUAUCUGUGGCUAUGGAAUUAUCAAAACGUGACGAAGAAGCUCGACUUCAUCGAUUACGUGAAGAAGAAGAAGAACUUGAAAAAGUUCUUCAAUUAUCACUCCAAGAAAAAUAA